AUGAUCAGAUCCGUGAAAUUGAACAGUGUAGCGGCUCUUGGAGUCAAAAGACAGUUGCAAGCGGCAACCAGGGUGACUCGUGGGAUGGCUACUGCGGCGCAGGACUCGAAUUCCGACGAAACAGUGGAAAUUACGCUCCCAGAAUCGUCUUUUGAAGGGUACAUGUUGGAACCACCUUCCCUAUCGUACACGACUAGCAAGGCUGGUCUCUUGCAAAUGUACAAAGACAUGGUGGUGGUGAGACGUAUGGAAAUGGCGUGUGACGCCCUAUACAAGGCCAAGAAAAUCCGUGGUUUCUGCCAUUUGACCGUUGGCCAGGAGGCCAUCGCCGUUGGUAUCGAAAACGCUAUCACCAAAAAGGACACCAUUAUUACGUCGUACCGUUGUCACAGUUUCACGUACAUGCGUGGGGCUCCAGUCAAAUCUGUGCUGGCCGAACUGAUGGGACGUCGUUCCGGUGUGUCGUACGGUAAGGGUGGUUCGAUGCAUCUGUACGCCCCUGGUUUCUACGGUGGUAACGGUAUUGUGGGCGCCCAGGUCCCACUAGGUGCGGGUCUAGCCUUUGCUCACCAAUACAAGAACGAAGACGCUUGCACUUUCGAUUUGUACGGUGACGGUGCUUCCAACCAAGGUCAAGUGUUUGAAUCUUUCAACAUGGCCAAAUUGUACAACUUACCUUGUGUUUUUGCCUGUGAAAACAACAAGUACGGUAUGGGUACCGCUGCGUCUAGAUCCUCGGCCAUGACUGAGUACUUCAAGCGUGGUCAGUACAUUCCAGGUCUAAAGGUCAACGGUAUGGACAUUUUGGCCGUUUACCAAGCUUCCAGAUUUGCCAAGGACUGGUGUGUUUCUGGAAAAGGUCCUCUAGUCUUGGAAUACGAGACUUACAGAUACGGUGGUCACUCCAUGUCUGACCCAGGUACCACUUACAGAACCAGAGACGAAAUUCAGCAUAUGAGAUCCAAAAACGACCCUAUUGCCGGUCUAAAGAUGUACCUCAUGGACUUGAACAUCGCCACUGAAGAAGAAAUCAAGGCCUACGACAAGGCUGCAAGAAAAUACGUGGACGAACAAGUUGAACUUGCUGAUGCGUCUCCCGCGCCAGAGGCCAAGAUGUCUAUUUUGUUUGAGGACGUUUACAUCCCUGGUACCGAAACUCCAACCCUAAGAGGAAGAGUGUCUGACGACACUUGGGACUUCAAGAAGGGUGGUUUUGCCUUCAGAGAUUAA